GAUAUUAGGGUUUGUGGCGAGGAUGGAGAUCGCCUAGGCGAGGCCAGGUAGCGUAGGCAAUGCAAUGCUGAGGCUCUCUCGAUUUCGCGGACGCCGGUGUGUUCUUGGAGCUCGCGCCGGGCUAGAUUGGUGGAAUGCUAGUGGAAAUGCGAGCACGAAUUCGCCCGGCAGCUGUUGUGGAUUGGAGGAGCGCUAUGGAUGGAGCGAUGAUAUCGGCAGUGCGCCGCUAAUCAGGCAGCAGCAGGAGCGUGGGAUCUGUGGAUUUGCGUCGGAGAAUGGGUGGCAUUCUUCGUCUAGGCGUGAGAAUUGGGGUCGGGGCGGCUGGGCGAGGACGCAAUACCGAGGCUAUGCCGAUGAGCCUCCCGGUGGCGACGAUGAAGAAGCUGGAACGGGAGGAGGAAGAGAUGAGAGGGACGUGAUUCUGGAUCUGAUCGAGAAAGAUAUGAGCAUACAAGACGAUGUAGCACUCUACUUGUACAGCAAAGUUCGCGAGCUAGAUCCCAAGACGCUGCUGGGAGCAAUGUACUUGAAAGCCGGCUACCAGGCUCCUCGCUACAGCGUCUCGGCCGGCUACAAGAACAAGUUCGUGGGGACGGUGGUGAUCCGGGGCAAGCGCUUCGCGAGCUCGCCGUGCGAGACGCAGGACGAGGCCGAGAAGAGCGCGGCGGACAGCGCUCUCAGCUGGGUGCUCGGGCAGCCCAGGCAAGGCGGAGCCGCGGGUGACACGCAGGGCCGAGGUAGAGGCCGAGGUGCCGGGGGGAUCCGAGGUGGGAUGAGAGGCGGGGGCCGAGGUAGAGGCCGGGGUCGCGGUGGCGGCAACGUUAAGAAGCGAGGCACUGCGCAGCGCGUAGCGAUCAAGCCCCGCAAGUGCUUCCACGUCGAGAUCAACUACAAGCUCAUGAGUUUCGUGGUGCUCUACGAUGAUCCGCAAGAGGUCUACUACCCCUACAAGGAUUUUCCAACGCAGCGCGACCUCGACGCCAUCGCGAGAAGACCAUCGUUUUAGUUCUAAGACGAGGUUUAUAGUUCGUCUUCAGAAGGUGGGGGUUCGAUUCCGGGCGACCAAAGUUUUUUUAGGGCGGCUGUUCGAAUCCGGGGACGAGCAAAAGUUUUUUUAAUCUUUGCGUUUUCUUCCUUUU